AUGUCAUCAUCGAUUGAAUCAGAGUCUGAGAUGUCAGAUUUUAACGCAUUGGAGCAAAUACCAGAUUUGAGAUUUGAACAAGCUUUUACAAAAUCAUAUAAGGAAUCAUCUGGUACGCUAGUUGGAUUAGCUAAAGUGCUCAUACUUGACCAGAUAAUACUACCAUUAAUACAAGGUAGUCUCUGGGGUGUAGGUGUUUCCGUAGUAAAGAGUCUUUUGUUGUAA